AUUGCCGCAGUAGCCCGACUAUUAAAAUCUCGAAACCGCCCAUUCCAGGGGAACGAGGCGGAGAGAACGGGAGAAAAGCCCUAGGGGGCCAGCCAUCAGCACUUGACCUCUCCUUCAUCUAAUCGAUUGGGUUUACAGUUUUUGGUAGCCACAAAUGGCUUCCAAAAGGAUUCUGAAGGAGUUGAAGGACUUGCAGAAGGAUCCUCCCACAUCAUGCAGCGCUGGCCCUGUAGCUGAGGACAUGUUCCAUUGGCAAGCGACCAUCAUGGGACCUGCUGACAGCCCCUUUGCAGGUGGUGUUUUUCUCGUGACAAUUCAUUUCCCUCCAGAUUACCCUUUCAAGCCACCCAAGGUUUCCUUCCGCACCAAGGUCUUUCAUCCAAAUAUCAACAGCAACGGUAGUAUUUGCCUUGACAUUCUCAAGGAGCAGUGGAGCCCAGCUCUUACUAUCUCAAAGGUAUUAUUGUCCAUUUGUUCACUUCUGACGGAUCCCAACCCAGAUGACCCACUUGUGCCGGAGAUUGCCCAUAUGUACAAGACAGACAGAGCCAAGUAUGAGUCCACCGCUCGCUCCUGGACCCAGAAGUAUGCCAUGGGUUAAAAGUCUGUGUGUGUGCCAGAUUCUAUCUGUGGGGCACCAAAUAAGGAUAAAGUCUGUCGUUUGUGGACUAAUGACAUGUUAAGGUCGUUAAGCAUGUGGUGAAGAAUAUGUUGUCCUUCGUGUAUUGGGUUGUUUUUUCUUGAUAAAGUUUAGACUGAAGCCACUUUCGAACUCGAUUAUGGUUUUCGUUUGCAGUGUUCUAUUAAUAUAGUUUAUAUUGUCCUUUGUGUAUUGGGUCGUAUUUUCUUGAUAAAGUUUAGACUGAAGCUGCUUUCAAACUC